AUGAACGCCGCUCGAAUUUCGCGUUUUGGAGAAUCUUAUCAAAAAGUCAAAUACGGAGAUCCGGGAAGAACGAUAUAUGUUCAUCCAAGUAGUUCAUUAUUUCGAGUAAACUUCUCUUUUAUGAAUUGGUUCUCACAAAUAAUGGAAAUUCAACCUGAGUGGUUAUUAGAAGAUGCUUUAGAUGAUAAAAAGAAAAUGUCAAAGAAUC